AUGUUUAAGAAAGUACUUUUUGGUUUAUCUGUAGGAAGAGCAAGUAACAUUUAUCUUCUGCUUUGGUGGAAUGCUCCCUUUAAUACUUCUGAGAGAUUUAGGGUGAGCUUUUUAGCCAGAAAUUUACAGAUGAUGGCUUCAUAUCUUCUGGGAGGCUAUUCAAUCAUGUAUGUUGGAAGACCUUUAAAAAUGGCAGAGCUUUGGAUUGAUUUCUCUGCAUCUGAUGUAUUUCUUGGGGAGAGUUGCUGUUUCCUUUUAACACAAAAAAUGUUGAUGGAAUGCAGGAUGGAAAAGCUAGUGGGCAAGUGCCAGUUAGCCUAUUGA